AGGGGGAAAACAACGGAGGGAGUGGUUACGGAGGAAGGCAGCAGGUAUGCUACACGUGCGGAAAAGUCGGGCAUUACUCGUGGGAUUGUUGGAUGAAGAAAGUGAGCAACGAAGACAACGAGCUUGAGGAGAUAAGACAACAUUACAGGAUGGUGAUUAAGGAGAAACGAGAAGCCGAAGAGAAGAGGAGAGAGGAGGAGCAGAAAAGAAUACAAGAAGAGAACGAGAGAAGACGGGAACAUGACAUAAUUCUGCAGACGGAGGAAAUGAGAUCGCAGCUAGAAGCAGGACUAGAGGAGAAGUGGCGCAAGCAAACGAAGCAAGCAGAGGAAGCGGCAGCAGCGGCAAAAUCGAAAGCGGAGGAGGCAAAGGCGAAGGCCGAGGAGGCAGAAGCGAAUGCAGAGGAAGCACGGGCGAAGAUCGAGCAAACGAGGAUGAAAGCACUCAAGGCUAAAGCAUCCGCGAGCGGGCCUAGGAAACGAAGGCGCCAGGUGUCAUCGACCGAGUCGGAGAGUGAGGAAACCUCCGACAUCGGGGAUGAAACCGACACCAGAGACUCGGAAGAAGAGCUGAGACGUACGAUUAAACGCCUGAGGGAAAAGAGGGAAGAGAAGAGGACGGGGAGAAUAAAGAAGACAGGAAAGGGAAAACAGGCGAAAACGAAAACGAAUACGUCGGAGAAUAACGUACCGACUACGAAACGCGGUGAGUGUUCACGGGCAAGGAAGAAGAAGAGGUGCAAUCGCGAUGACGAGGAUGAUGUCAUGAGAAAUGCGAACGAUAUGGGCGGGGAUUAUAAGGAGACAGGAGUCAGGUUCAAUGAUUGUCGGAGAUCGCCACGUGUAGGGGGUUUGAGGUUUGGGAUGCCGAGCGAGGUCAAAAUGAGCAGGGGAAUGAGCCAAGAACCCCGAUGGAGAAGGGUUAUAAGGACUUGGCCGCUAAGUGCUUCGCGGGAGGGCAUUAUCGAUUACUGCCUCUCCACGCAGAAGAUUCUGUCAUCGAAAAAAGUGUUGAUACUACGUAAGCUAUGCCAGAAAAAAGGCAUAAAAGACACGAAGAAACCUGAGAUGGUUGAUGCCCUCGCGAGGGAGCAAGUCAAGUUAGCAUAUGAGGGAUUCGAAGAUAAUGACGAACAGAGGGAGAUGAGUGAGAUGGCGGAGGCGAAUCUGGGGGAGGAUCUAUACGAACAAGAAAAAAGAGGAACGAGAUCAUCAGUGAAUACAGUUCGAAGCGUAUUGCAAAGGUGGCGAGAGCACCUGAGCAAUGCAGAUACGGAUACGAUCGGGAGCUCGCCGAAACUGUAUAGGUGGAUGCGGCACUUCGGAAAGGAGACGUUUCUAAUCGUACCGCUGCGACACGCUGAUGAAGCGCACGAUCGGGCCAUGGAAAAACACUUGAUUCGAGAUUUUUCUCCGAUCCUGAACACAUGCAACAACAAGACAAUGAACAACGGAGUGAAGAAAAGCAAACGGAAGGGGAGAAGAGAAAGACGGAAGUUGAACCGUACAGCACAGAAGGUGAAGAACCUGGUCAGUUUCAGCAGGUCGGGUACGAAUGCGAAGCGGGUAUCUGCGAUGAAAUGGCUAGAGGAGGAGUGGAAGAAGGAGGCGAAGGGGGAAAGAAGAAUGGUGUUCCACGGAGGAGAGGUAUGGAGUGACGGGUGGAAGAAGGUGAAGAGGCUCUUUGGGAUGACAAAGGUAAGAAUAAACGGACAAGUGAAUACCAUGGCGAAAGCUAAGGGAGAGCUACGGCAAGGAGCAACGGCGACCAUCAUAGAGAUCGUGAAGACGAAGACCACUACAGCCAGAUACCUACAGGAGUUACGUGGGAUGUUGAAAAGACCAUUCGAAUUCAAGAAGCUGACACUAGGGAAUACAAACCAACUAGUUGGGAUGUAUCGAGCAGCAGUUCUCUUCGGAGACAAGAAGACAAAAAACGAUGUGAGACUGAAAAUAGACAGGGCAAUAAGGAGAAAGAAUGGGGCGGGAGUACGGAAGAGGGUGGUGGUGAAGGUGAGGUAUGACAGAAGGAUCGUGAAGAACAAGAUCAGAGCGGCAACAGAGGGAGUGGUGGAGAAACGAGUGGAAGACAUGGCUAUCGCUAAGAGCAAGAUACAGAUUAUGUGGCGCAAAAAUCGAACGGUCGGGGAGAUCAUCUACAAUCACCGGAAGCACGCGAAUGUUGGGAAGCAACAAUGUGCAUGCAGGGGAACGGGACUUCCGACAAAGGGUGGACACGUGCUGACGCGCUUUUCAGAUCUGGAAGGGAUCCCGGCGUUCAUGAAGAACGCCAAAAACGUGACGAGUCAGUCACAAGAGACGUGGGAGGAGGGGAAAGUGGCAACCUGGGCGAGGAGAUUUAGAGGCAUGGUGUUGGCUCCGAUCGAUUGGAAUCAGGGCGACACGGCCGUAAUAUGCCCGGUGAUAUACCGACAUGCAUUCGGGAAGACUUUCGUAUGGAACUCUGAUUACGUGGUGGUAAGAGAAGAGGAGCAGAGGAUUCUGCAGACAGCACGCCAGAAGUUUGAACAAGCGGACCUGCAGAAGAUUGCAAGAUGGAAGACCGACGACAGGAUUGGACAAGCGUGCGUGAUAUCGAAAGACAAGGAUCUCUCAAGGUGGAGACCGAUCGCUCCAACGGAUAACGACCCGGCCAGUUUGGCGCAGAAGAGAGUCGCAAAGGCUUUGCAGUGUUUGCACUAUCUCAUCAAGAUGUUCCCGACAGAGCAAUCCUUCUAUUUGAAUGCGAUUCAGGAGCUACCAGGAAGACUAGAAACAACACAGAGAAGGUUCACUGAAAUGGGAUGCACGGGAGUAGAAGGACGGUGCUAUGACAUCAAAGAUAUGUUCACUAAGAUACCGCAUGAGGCAGUACGGAAAGCAAUCUGGCAAAUGCUACUGUGGUAUGCGAAUAGGGGAUGGAAACAGGUGAAAGUAUCAAGGAGAGGGAAGCUGUGUACGAUCAGUAAGACACGGAAAAUGGCAGACGGUUACGUCGGGCUACAGUUUGAACAGUUGUUCAGCAUGGUCAACUAUGAUUUGGACCAUGCAUAUAUUAAGUGUGGGGAGAUCGUGACGAGGCAAGCGUCGGAAAUCCCGAUGGGGAAAUCCAGCAGCCCGACGCUGGCAACGAUUACAUGUGCCAUGGCGGAAUUCAAUUGUCUGAGGGGACUAGGCUCUGAUCGAAAGCUAGUCGCAGGAUGGAGGAUAGUCGAUGACAUCACAGUCAUCGUGGGGAACAGGGGAGGAGGGGAAGAGCAUGGGCGAGAGGAUACCGGCAGCUUAUUCCGUGAUCUGGAGAACUGCUACGACAAGAAUCCGAGUCUCGUCAGAAAGGAUGCUGACAGGGAUUGGUGGCAUUUCCUCGGGGGGACUAUUUAUCUGAUGCAGCAGCACCGCAGGCUGUUGUACGUACCGGACACGAAAAAUCAAGCGUCUCUGCGAGAGGAGGAGAGGCUGAGAUUCCAGACGAUGCAAGAUUUCGCAUCAUAUUCUGAGAAGAGAUCAAAGAAGUCAACUUUGGCCGCCACUUUGAAAAGGCUGUGGCCGUCCACGUCAUGCCAGGUCCUGGUAGUGAGUUCCAUAGCAUACGCAUUAUGGGAAGCAAACCUCCGGGUCUAUGCCCCGGAGGUCUCUCUUGGUGCCUUGGCCAAGUUGGUCAAGGUUGCAGACGAUCAGAACCUGCGUAGGCUCUGGCAGGUGCUGAGCUUGACAUUCGGGGAGAAACGACGAAGGAGGGAGGAGGGGAAGGGGAAAACAGGGGUUGAGUACUGAGAAAACAGGGUACUGGGAAAAUGGGGUAAGAAAAGGGGACACAGAGAAGAGUAGAGGCAGGAAAAGGUCCGAGAGAGGCCCUGCAGAAACGAAUAUGGGCCAGAUUCG